AUGACAACAAUGGACGGCGCCGACGCGGCGGCCCUCGCCCGCGCGCGGCGCCGGGCAGCCCCGCCGCGGGCCCCCGUGCCGGCGCCCGCCCGCCCCCAGCACUACCGCGUCGCCGUGCUCGGCGCGGCGGAGGCCGGCAAGACGGCGCUCGUCGCGCGCUGGGUCGGCGCGACGCCGCCGUCGACCUACGCGCCGACGCUGGGCGCGUCACCGGCGGAGAACGAUGUUUUUGUGGUUACCACUGACGGGCCCGCGCGCGUGACGUUGGUGGACUGGUGCUGGGACCACGCCGCCGACGCGGACGUCACGCGGCAGAUGGCCGCCAGCAACGCGGCCGUCGCCGUGUUCUCGCUGGCCGACGGCAAGUCCUUCACGCGGGCGGCGGUGGCCGCCGUCGCGUACGGGAGCAAAAGGCCCGUGGUCUUCGUCGGGACGCACAGCGACGGCAAAACGAGAUGCGACGCGGACGCGGUGUCAAAGCGCGACGCCGCCCUCUGCUCCUGCGCGACGGGCGCCGGCGUCGACCGGGCCCGCGCGAGGCUCCUGGACGCGCUGGCGCUCAAGGACUCCACUUCAUCGUCCGAGGACGCGUGGCUUCUGAGCGAGAGGCGCGUCGACGCCUACGAGCGGUUUCUGAAGGACGACGAGGCGUGUGUACUGGAUCUGGUGAAGCGGCGCCUCGGUUUUGAUGAUGGCCUUGCGCCGGAGGCGACGGUCGCCGCCGCCCUGAAGCUGCUCGGGUUCGCGGCGGACCCGGACGCGGUUCUGAAAGACAACCUCGCGCGCGCGGCCGCACUCCACGGCCUCGACGCGGAGGAGGAGGAGGAAGAUGAGCCCGACGAAGUCGCGUUCGCGGCUGACGCGUCGGUGAAGAAGAAGGCGGUCAGUGACUCAGUGUGAUUUCUGAGCUUUUCUGAUCUUCGAGUUGCGUCGAUGGCGUCGUCGCGAUGCCGCAUUGCUUCGACGCUGUCGUUCGACACAGGUCAAGCGGGUCGCGCGGGCGGCCGGGGACGGGGCCGCCGUCGACGUGGUCCAGGCGUCGACGGACGAAGAAGUAACCCGCGCGGCGCGGCGGCGGGCCCGAAUCAACGAGCGCGACCGCGCGGACGCCGCGGCGGCCCGGGCGGCGCGCGAGCGGUUUUUUCGGUGUCCUUUUCCGAUGCCCCUGGUGCUGCCGCGUAUACGAGCCCGCGGAGCCUACGGCCGUAUCGACGCGACCCUCCCCGCGACGCAGGCGCGAGGCGGAGGCGCGCGCCGCGGCCGGGGCCGCGGCGGCGCGCCGCGAGCGCCGCGCCGCGCGCGCCGCGCGCGACCGGCGCGCGGCCCGGGGCCCGCGCGCCGCCGCGGCCGACGCGCUCCGGGCCGCGGAGCGCGCGCGCGCCGCGGCGCUCAAGGCCGCGCUCGCCGCCGAGGACGCGGCCACGUCGGCGGAGAAGCGCGACUACGGCCUGCGGAAGGCCUCGGUCGGCGCCGCGUGGCCCGCGUGCGUCGUCCACGCCGGCUACGAGACGCCCGGCAAGGGCGUCUCGCUGCGGCUCGACGUGCCCGAGGCCUGGCGCGACGCGCCCCUCGCCAAGCUGCUCGCGGCCGUCGACGCGUGGGAGAUGGCCAAGGCGCGGAAGAAGUCGAAGCGCAGGCGCCGGCCGGUGCGCGCGCGGUCGGCGCGCUGCGAGGACCUCGAGGGCUACAACCUCGACCACCUGUCGGUCUACGAGGCCAUCGAGGCGUCGGGCGGGUGCGUCGUGCUGCGCUAGGUUUUUUGUCCCUAAGUAUUAUAUCCCCG